CAAUUUCCAUCAAGGGCAUACAACUGAUUCUUACUGGGGGUGAUCCACGUCGGUCUCAGUACAUCAGGUAUCCACUGAACGCUCACUACAAUCAACAUUGUGGUGACUUUAGUAGUAGCGAGGCUUAUCAUAUGUAGUCUUGGACAUUCGUUUGCCAGAUUUCUCAUGGCGGUAGACUAGCGGGACAUGGCAAGUAUGAUAGGCAACAUCCCAUAUACAGGAGGAUCUAUUCCUGGAUCUCAAUAGCUUGAUAUCAGAGCUGUACAAAAUAUUAAAGUGGUUGCGAGAGUCGCAUCGCUUGUACAAACGUUCUCCCCAUGGCUUCCACCAUAGAUCCCAACAACACACUUGGUCCUCUCCAUGUGGGGGGCUCCAUCAUGACAUUUUUGUUUGGGAUCUACACUUUGCAGACCUAUUACUACUUCAAAAGGUAUCCGAAUGAUCGCCGCUGGAUAAAGCUGCUGGUGAUCUGGAUAUGGUUGGAAGAAAUUGGCCACACGAUCUCUGUUAUGCAUGGAAUGUAUCUCCUUACUGUGACAGAGUUUGGACAACAUGACGCGCUCGCGGUCACGACCAUGCCAGCUGGCUACGCGUGGUCAAUCGUGUUUAGUGGCUCAAUCGCAUAUAUCGUAGAGUCCUUCUUCGCACACCGUAUGUAUGUGCUUUCGAAACAGUGGUUCCUCCCAUGUCUCGCCUGGGGUCUUGCAUCAUUCCGAUUUUCAGGCGGUAUGGUCGUGGCAGCCCAAGUAUUUGGAGACAUAUCUUUAGUUGUGUUUUCGACAAAAUGGAGGUGGUUGAUUACUGCCUGCUUUGCUACGGGCGCGGGAGCCGACAUCAUUGUUGCAGGAGGUCAGUGUUAUUAUAUUUACCGUGAAAAAAAUACAGCGAUUGGGCCGACGACGAUGAAACUACUCGACCGUCUCUUGGCAUACACAGUCGAAACUGGUUUGGUAUUAAGUAUGACUGCGGUUGUGAUUCUUGUCGUAUGGGGCACAACUCCACAUAGCUUCUGGUGGUUCGGAGUCUACCUAUUUUACACAGAAAUUUUUGCAAACUGCUUGAUGGCAGCGUUGAACAUUCGACAGGUCCAUGAGGAUGUUGCUAGCGGAACCGUCAUCAGUCUUCCGCGCAAUCCUACCCGCAAUGCACACCGUUCCGCAGGUAGCCGCAACCAGAAUUUCAUGAGAAACAUUUCAAAGUCCGAGUAUGAUACGGACAUCGAACUAUCCCCCGAAUUUUCUUCCGACAGUUCUGCAUACAUACGUAAUCAAUCAUCACGGCAGGAGAUAAACCAUCCAAAUAUCGCUAUCUCGGUUUCUCGAGACGUUUGCAUUAAACACGACAAGUUGGCGGACUUGGAGCGUCAGACUUCUCAGUGCGAGAAGGGUAUCUGCAAACUGUAUUUGCCGUAUUAUGUUUAUGUUUUCCACGACCAAAAAUGACUUCUUCAAUACAACUAGCUGCUAUAGCCAUGAUUUGACAGCAUCAGCUUCUAGCACUAGAUGAGCAACUGAAGAGAUCUAUAACUAUCAACGUCACAUAGCUCGAGACCUUCGAAGCUACUUACAAAAGGUUCAGUUCAAUUGGCC